AUGGAGCGGCUUGAGUGUCACGUCAAGGAAUAUGCUUGGGGCAAACUUGGAAGAGAGAGCGAGGUGGCGCGACUUUUCGCCGCCGGCCACAAGAACUUCAAACUUGGCUGCACCACUCCCUACGCCGAGGUACAGACUUUGAGACAGAAACAAAAACGAGAGGACUCUUCAGUUGUGGAUGGGAACGCAUCCUGAUGGACCUGCUCGUCUCCAGACUUGCUCCACGAAACUCUCGUCUCACAUCGCCAAGAGCCAGUCUGCGUCUUACUUGAGCAAUAACAAUGUCAAGGUUCGUUCGUUAAUGCAAAAGCCUUCGCAGUCUAUUUUGUUGAGGAUUUCAAUGGUUUUUCUUCCAGGAGAACAUUCAUUUGCCCUUCAUAAUGAAGAUUAUGUCGAUCCGGACAACGCUGAGCUUGCAGGUUCAUCCGACUAAGGUAUUUCUACGUUUUUUGCUCUCAUGGAAAUCCCAUGGAGGGUUUCGUCUAUUGAUAAGUGCUUUCUGUGGCUUUUGAGACCUUUACAAAAGCUCUGAGAACAGCUUUCUGCUUUAUUCCAAGCCUGUCCGCCUUUAGAUUCUAUAGACUUUCUCCAGAUAUACAAAUCUAAAGCAAAAGAAAAAUCUGAAAGUCGAUUAGGUGAAAUUUCCUCUUUGGAUUUGUCAGGUGCAGAACAACAGGGGAAUAAGUGGUUUACCGGAGAAGGUAAAGAUAGAGGUAAAUUGCGGGAUCAGUUCACCCCACCAACUGAGGAACUUUCGCAUACGCGGAGGCGUGGCCGUAGCUUUUCCUUUUUCUAGGCGGGAAUCGCCUCAAAUUUUUUCUAAAGUUCUGGUUAAAAAUAUGAAAAUGUUGUGAUUUCGAUAGGAAGAUAUUCAAAAAAGAGAGUUAUAUUAGUAGGAACUAAAGCUAGCCAACUGUGCAAAAUAGAUCUAACGGCUGGAGACUUUUUUUGAAUUUUGGAAAAAAGGGUUUUUUCCGGUAUGAAGUUUUCCUUUUUGAGGAGCAGGCAGCGAUCUUGCACGCAAGAGACCCGCUCCACUAUCCGGAUAGGAACCACAAGCCCGAGUUGGCCUACGCUCUGACACGUUUCGAGUUGUUGUGCGGCUUCCGUCCAGCCAACGAAAUACUCCAAAACCUGGAAGGUUUCCUUGCUCUUUCCUGGCUCGGCUCACGGCCCCAUCCCAGAAUUCCCUUCGUUGUGCUCGUUGCUCGGCGAGAAGCACUGUCUCAAGUUGAAGACGGCCAUUCUCGCUUUGGAAAAGUGCCAGAAAUUGGAUAAGGACUCCUCGCAACAUAAGAAAUCGCGUAUCGCCCUUGCCACCUGCUUCAGGUAUGUUUUGAGUUUCACAUUAAGCUGGCUACACAGAUCAUAGGUUUAUUCACUGCAUACUGUUAGAAAAUAAUAAAUAUAAUAGUUCAGAAUACGAAAGCAGCAGAAUAACCAAAACGGGAAUUAGUCCACCCUAACGAGUAGACUAUGACCCGGGGAUAGAAAGGAAGUCAGAGCAGACAGAUCCUCCCCAAAGAACCAACGUUUUGCUUCUACAGUACUGGCCAUAAAGGUAUUUCAAAGUGGUUAUUCGAGCACAACUUCUCUGAAAGUGGCUCAAAUGACUUGAAACUUUGCAAAAAUUUCAAAUAGCUACGAAGUAACUCUUUCACGGAAGAAAAACUCAUUUGCUCAAGUCAGACCGGAUUUGGGAGCAAAAAACCAAAAAUCGUGAAAAUCAAGAUUUUUCUCUUGAGAUUCGAAAAAUCAUAUCUUCGAAGAAACUUCGUUUUCGAACCAGAAACUUUUUUCCCCAGUAAAACAAGUCUUCGGCUCUCCAAAAAACCUAAUCAGCCCCUCACCAACCCGAUAGUAAGAGCGUAGUGACUUUUUCUUCGGAAGGCCCCUGCGUUUUGACGCCUCCUCAUUCAAAUGGACUAUACGAGGUCAUUAUUGUUUGAGAACACCCUGUAUCAUGUUGAAAAACUUUGAAACACCCUCAAAAAUAGUUUUACACUAAUUUCUUCAGCUUUCUCACUUUAUCUGCUCUCCAGAACUCACUAACUUCACUAGGACCGAUUUUGAAACCUCUGAUUUGAACAGUUUUUCUGGACUUUCGGGCAUUCAAAGUAGUUUUUAUCUGGUCAAUCGCUUUUCAAUCGUGAAUUUGAAGAUAAAUAAUGGCUAACUUGCAGGCUACCACUUCCUGAAGACUGCUAACUUUUUUGCUGAAGCAUUAGUUUCACAAGAUCAAAAACUUAUUUUCCCAUAAAGUUUAAAGAAACUUUUUACAGUGCCUAUCUUUGAUUUGAGAGCUAGAAUGAGGAGUUACAAAUUCAUCUCAUGAUCUAAAACAUUUAAAAAUGUGAAAAAAGGGGUUUUUAUCAUCUUCCACAAGAUUUGGAGCCCUCUAAGCAACACUUGCUGAAACGAAGUUUUGAGAACUUUAAGCAACUCAGUAUAACUCACUAUAUCUUUUUGAAUAAGUAAGCAAAACACAGUGGGUCUUCUUUUUAUUUUUUUAUUUAUCAAGAUUCUGAAGAAGCUCUGAAAUCUGAAAUAAGAAAUCGAGAAUGUUCUGAUUUUGAAAAAGGAGCAUAACCGCUUCAAAUCAGAGGUUUCAAAAUCGGUCCUAGUGAAGUUAGUGAGUUUUGGAGAGCAGAUAAAGUGAGAAAGCUGAAGAAAUUAGUAUAAAACUAUUUUUGAGGGUGUUUCAAAGUUCUUCAACAUGAUACAGGGUGUUCUCAAACAAUAAUGACCUCGUAUAGUCCAUUUGAAUGAGGAGGCGUCAAAACGCAAGGGCCUUCCGAAGAAAAAGUCACUACGCUCUUACUAUCGGGUUGGUGAGGGGCUGAUUAGGUUUUUUUGGAAAGCCGAAGACUUGUUUUACUGGGGAAAAAAAGUUUCUGGUUCGAAAACGAAGUUUCUUCGAAGAUAUGAUUUUUUUCGAAUCUCAAGAGAAAAAAAUCUUGAUUUUUCACGAUUUUUUUGGUUUUUUUGCUCCCAAAUCCGGUCUGACUUAUGCAAAAUGAGUUUUUUUCUUCCGUGAAAGAGUUACUGCGUAGCUAUUUGAAAUUUUUUUGCAAAGUUUCAAGUCAUUUGAGCCCCCUUUCAGAGAAGUUAUGCUCGAAUAACCACUUUGAAAUACCUUUAUGGCCAGUACUGUAUGUAAACGAAAUCAUAGAGUUUUUUGUCACGAUUUCAGGAAGAAACGCCCUGAAAAUAUUUCGCCUUUAGUCAUGAACUAGUCUCUCACUCACUGAACUAUCAAAAUGGUGAAGAAAGAUUGUACGUUAGUGACUGCGGAUAGCUGAAGCUUCAGGGUUUCAUUUAUAAAAAAAUCUAUCUAGUAUAUGGAAGAGUCAUUAUAUUAAUCAUUUCUGGAAAAUACUUGAAUCGCAGUUUAUAUUCUUCAGACACAUGAUGGACAUGGCGCGCGACUAUCCCGAGAAGGUGGAAGACCUCACCGAAAACCUCAUGACAUCCCUCGACGACGGAGGUUCGUUUCGGCAAAACUUUCGGAAAACGAACCGAGUUCAGUGAGAGGGUGCUUGCAAGAAGAGACGGUGGCGGUGAUUCGGAAGAUGUCCGUCGACUUCCCUGGCGACGUCGGCAUCUUCUCGCCUCUCCUGCUCAACCACAUGAUCCUCGAGCCUGGAGAGUGCUGUUACUACGCCGCCGAAGAGCUCCAUGCUUAUCUGAGCGGAGGUUUGCACUCUGUUCAGAAUCAAGACCUUCGGUCGCUUCAGAAUGCGUGGAAUGUGUCGGUUGCUCCAACAACACGAUCCGGGCAGCGAUGACGCCGAAGUUCAUAGACCGAGACGCUCUCUGCGAGGUUUCCCGACGCUUUCCUUUGCCACAAUGCUUUUUUUUCGAGGUGCUCAACUACCGGAUGACGUCACCCGAAGAGUAUCUCGUACCGCCGCGACGUCUCGAACAGUUCCCUUCUGUAGAAGAGUACUCUCCGGAUGGCUGCAAAGACUUCCAGCUACACAAAAUAACUGUGAGACUUCGAAAAAUGGAAAUUAUUUUCGAGGUUGUAUAGAGGUUGUGAUUCACGCUUGAUUUUUUUUUCCAAAGCUCUGAGAUGAAGAAAUUCUACUAAUUUCCAAAAUUAGUAAUUCGGAGUCAUGAAAUGCAACAAUUUUCUCAUCUUUUGCCAACAAGAUCAACUGUCAAAAGCAAGAAAUUUCCAAGUUUUAUGUCAAAAAUCGUAAUUUUGAGCAAGUAGGGACUGUGAAAAACUUCUUUUAACAUUGUUUGUGCAAUUGCAAUAAAAAUUUCCAAACUUAAAUGCUCACCAUAUUUUACUCUGGAUCUUAAUAAUAAUAAUUUUAUUCACAGAUCAGUGUGAACCCCAACGAGUUCACUUUGAUCUACAAUUUGAAUAAAGAAAAAAAGUUGAAGUAAAAAAAUUGAGAACAGUUAAGUCUUGGUGGAAUAGAGGUAAAAAAAUCGUUGCGAGGUAAAAACAACCAAUAAUUUUUUCAAAGAAUUAGGUGGAAGGGUGAACUGAUAUUUGGAUGUAAGUUUAUUCCAAAUAGGAAUCGUUUUGAAGAAAAUGGAUCGAUUUUAAUUGUAUAAGAACCUCGUUUAAAGUUUUUGCGCGAUUUAAUAUUGUCAAUUUCAAGUUUGCUGGCGUUCCAAUAAUUUUUCCGACUGCAGGUGACUCUGGAAAAUUGCGAAGAAGCAGUCCUACCGGUUUUGGAGUGCGCCUCGAUAAUGGUGCUGGUGAAGGGCUGCGGAACGGUGGAAGAGGAGUGCUUCGCCAGCAGUGUUAGUUUCCGAGAAGUUUUCGAAGAAAAGCGAAUUUCUAGUCUAUAUAGUUGUCCAAACAUUCGGCAUAAGUUUAAAAAAAAAAAGUUUUUUCCAUCAAGAUUCAACAUAGUUCUAGUCAACAAUAUACGAGUGAAUGGAAGAAAAGUCUGAGCCAAGGUUCAGAGAACUUGAAUAAAUAACAAGAACAAAAAAUAACUUUCGGAGUUCUAUGAGACAAUUUCAGUCGGCGUCUUGCAACGAACUCAGCUCGAUCGAGGACAAGGCUCGCGGCGUUUCUCGUGGUGACAUAAUCUAUAUUCCUCCAGGACGUCGGUUACGGUACUUUUUUCCUUUAAAAAAAGAGGCUGAGGACUUUUUCAGGUUCUCGAAGUGCCUGCAGAAUAUUGAGGCCUACCGAACAUUCAGCUACGAGAUUGGACCAGAUCACGACAGUCGGAUCGUCGUAGUUCCAGUGAGUGCUUGAUCAAAUUUUCAUCUUCUUGUCUCUCUGAAAAAAUGGUGAUUUCAAACCGGCUUGACCUCUUUUCUCACACCGGCGCGGUCAUAAAACAGAGACAGUAUCACAAAAAGAGAGUGAGAGAAAAGAGAGCGCAGACAUGCCAGGAUUUCCAUCUCUUGUAAAAUUUCGUUCGAAAGGAACUGGAAAAGCGGAGAAUCGGUCCAAUAGCUCCAAGCUUUAUAAGCGCUGCUGGGAUGUUUUUUUUUUGAAGAUGAGGACUUUAGUUUUCAGUCUCCUGAACCAGCCUCGGAAAGACCACAGUUCGAAGUGGCCGACAGCGAAAGCGGCAUUUUCGAAGUCGAGAGCGAGAUGGACGGCUUCUUGUGA